AUGACAAAGGUAGACGUGGUAAUCAUAGGGGCAGGAUUCUCGGGCCGGAGGUUUGGCUACGACUCAAGGAAGCUGAUCAUAUCAAAGGGAUUUGCAUGGCCAUCAAGCUGCUCGAGGCCGGAAUACGCAACAUCGUCAUCGUCGAGAAGAGUGCAGGUUUCGGUGGGACGUGGAAAGACAAUAUCUAUCCAGGAUGUUGCUGCGACAGUUGGUUUAUUCAAUCCCCGCGGAGAGUACUCACUAACUCCUUUGGCCUCAGUUUUAUCACACUUAUACUCGUAUUCUUUUGCACAGAACCCUCAUUGGUCAAGAGCAUAUCCAGAACAACAAGAGAUUCUUACCCAAGCUCUCCCGUUGAUCGAGGCUCCGCGACAGAGUUACAUUCAAGAUGUCGCCCAGAAGUAUGGUUUAUACAAAUUCGUACGCUUCUCCUCAGAAGUCACUGCCGCGGAAUGGGACUCUGAGAGUCAUGAGUGGAACGUCAGCAUCCAGGUUCUAGGUGGAAAAGAAGCAGAAUUCUGCGCUAGAUACACAAUCAAGACAACCUUCUUGAUUGCAGGAGUUGGUCAACUGAACGAGCCAUUCUGGCCCAAAAUUACCGGCCAAGAAAGCUUCCAGGGGAAGGUUAUGCACUCUGCCCGCUGGGACUGGAGUUUUGACUUUACUGGCAAGCGUGUCGGCAUAAUCGGCAACGGGGCGACAGCCGUUCAAAUUGCACCUGAAGUCGCAAAGGUCGCUUCUCAUGUCAGCAUCUUUCAACGCUCACCGAACUGGCUAAUCCCGAGAUUUGAUGCGGAAAUUCCACGAUGGAAGAGGAUCGUAUUUGAUCAUGUGCCUGCAGUUCUUAGUCGGGCAAGGGCUGAGAUAAUGAACCAACGCGAAUCCUACUAUCAAGCUGUCAAUCACGCCGGCUCCGCCGACUCCUCAGCCAUGACUGCAGUCUGUAAGCAGCACAUGCAGACUCAGCUUCCUAGCCGCCCAGAUCUGUGGGAGAAACUGACGCCGAACUAUCCGCCGGGAUGUAAACGCGUUCUACUCAGCGAUGAUUACUAUCCUACGUUGCGGCUGUCACACGUUACUCUCGAGACACGACAUAUUGACAGAAUGACUGAUACCGGCGUCGUUGUGAGAGAAGGACUACAAGAGAAAGAUAUUGAUCUUGACCUUGUCAUUUUCGCAACUGGAUUCCAAGCCAAGGAUUUCCUGCACGGCAUUCACGUGCAAGGCGCAGGCGACCAAACUCUCAGUUCCAAAUGGGCAAACGGUGCAUCUGCUCUUUACGGCGUCACGGUAGAUAAUCUGCCAAACUUUGGAAUGCUCUAUGGACCAAACACAAAUCUGGGCCAUAACUCAAUCAUUCUUAUGAUUGAAGCUCAAGCCCGAUAUCUCGUCCCAUUGGUAAGGAGAGUCUUGAAGAGCAGAGCCCGAGGGGGGAAGCUAUCUGUCAUGCCCAAAGCAUUGAGGGUUCAAGAAUGGAACAAAGAUCUGCAGAGCAGCCUGGGAAGUUCUACCUUCGCUGACUCUAGGUGCAGUAGCUGGUAUAAGACAGACAGCGGGGUUGUCACCAACAAUUGGAGCGGGACUGUGAUUGAGUACCAGAAACUACUGUCCAAUGUUGACUGGUCGGAUUACGAACUUGAGGGAGAUGGGAUGGAGAAUCUUCCGGCUGGCAAGGAGAGCAUUGGCCGUGUCGUGGAGGAGACACUGUUUAGUAACCUGCAACUUUUUUCGGUUACGGCUCUAGGGGCAUUGGUCGCAACAGUCUAUUAUCGUCGGGGCUCGUUGCUGAAGCACAUUUUGUAG